UAAAAAGAUAUAAAUACUACAAAUACAACUUCACACAUAUCUACACUUUUAAUUGGACUAAAAAUGUUGACUUUGGUGGUGCUUGCAGUACUUUUUAGUUUUUCGUACGCUGUCGACGUAAGAAUUGUCAAUGGUACGGACGCUGAAGAAGGAGAGUUCCCAUUUGCAGCUUCUCUGAGAAAGAACGGGACCCAUAUAUGUGGAGCUACCAUUCUCGAUGAGACACACGUCCUGACUGCUGCCCAUUGCCUUUGCACUGGUCACGAUCCUUCAAAACCCUAUCUCUUUACCAUCCAGUAUGGAUCGAUCCACAUAUCAGAAACUUCCGAAAGAACUGCGCAAGUUUCCGAAAUUCACUGCAAUGCUUUCGACGCGUCAAGAGCGACGGACGACUCUGCUGUUUUAGUGCUUGAGGUACCACUGUCAACGGACUACCCUUGGGAAGCAGUUACGUUGUACAGAGAUUUCAAUACAAGUGUCGAUUAUCAAGGAGUUAUCAUUGGAUGGGGUAAAUUAUGGGAUAAUGGGGACUCAUCAUCCGUUCUUCAAAAACUGGAGGUCGAAGUCUACACAGAUUCGAUUUGCGGACAGAGAUUCGACAUAACUCAACACGUUUGCUCUGGGGCAUCCGUUGGAGGAGCUUGUUAUGGGGAUUCAGGUUCACCGCUCUUGGUGGAAGGCAAGCAAGCGGGCAUAGAAUCGUUCAUCACAAACGCUUGUGGAUUAGCCGAUACAGCGAACCCGAAUGUUUAUUACAAAAUCACGGCCUCCCUGGAUUUCAUAGAUAACAUCAUUAAUUCGUAUUAUAUUGAAGACUUUGCAGCUGAAUCAAGGAUAGCAAAUGGAACAGACGCUAAAGAAGACGAGUUUCCUUAUGCUGUGUCUUUAAGGAUAAAUUCAAGCCACACUUGCGGUGGAACAAUCCUGAACGAGAAAUUUAUUCUAACAGCAGCUCACUGUGUUUGUGCAAACUGCAAACCGCAGAAUAGUAACUUCUUCUCAAUCCAGUACGACGUGUUGCAAAUUACUAACGAUUCUAUGAAUUCUAUAAAUGUGAAGAAAAUACACUGCCAUAAAUACGACUCGGAUAAGAACAUUUAUGAUGUAGCAGUUUUAGAGUUGGAAAAACCCAUUCCUAAGGGUAAAUGGAGCCCAGUAAAAAUGGCAAACCACUUCGUUGCAGAAGAAGAUCUGAGCGGCACCAUCAUCGGUUGGGGAAGACUUUCCCAAGACGGUCCAAGAUCUAAAACUCUCCAGAAAAUGAAGGUGGAAAUCUACAACGAUGAAACUUGUGCAAAGGAGUUCGACACCGUGCACCAUAUUUGUUUUGGCGCUCCCGUAGGUGGUGCAUGCAAGGGAGAUUCUGGAUCUCCACUAAUUGUUGAAGGUAUCCAAGUUGGUAUUGCUUCCUUCAUAACUGACAACUGUGGAAUAGCAAAUAGGCAGAAUCCCAAUGUUUAUUCGAGAGUGUCUACUUACCACGACUGGAUUUCAGGAAUAACAGGAUUAGACAAGUCAUCCGUUGACUUAAACAGACUAGCCAGCAUGGAGUUGAUCCUAUUCGGAUUUGUUCUUGUUUGGUUGAAUGCGGAUUGUGCCCUAGGUAGACCUAGUGGCAGAAUAGUUGACGGAACAACUGCUGGCUAUGGAGAAGCUUCAUAUGCAGUGUCUGUACGUUAUAACAACUUCCACGAAUGUGGGGGCUCUAUAAUAGGAGAAAAAUGGGUUUUAACAGCCGCCCAUUGUGUGUUUAUAGAUUUUGUGAAUGUUUCAACUAUUCUUUACGGGACUAAAGCCAUCCAAAACGGCGAAUACAUAGAAGGGCACACCAUAAAAGUAAAUAGAGCGUUCGUUAAUGAGAACUACCAACCCUAUGGGGGAUAUUUCAACGAUAUAGCUCUAAUGGAGGUGGAGGAACCUUUUACUUUUAACGCUAAUGCAACAGCAGUAAUCUUGCCUGAACAAAACACCAUGCCGCCAGUUCUAGAGGAAGCUCUAUUGGUCGGCUGGGGAUACCCUUACGUCAACGGUACCGUGGCUACUAUCCUGCAGAAGGUGGACAUCUCCAUAUAUCCAGACGCAAUUUGCCUUGGUUACUUCCACCAGAAUUACUCGACUGUCUCGCAUAUAUGCGCGGGAGGGGACGGGAAAGGACAGUGCACUGGCGAUUCUGGUGGAGCUCUUACAGUUGACAGCAUCCAGUACGGCAUAGUGUCAUGGUCUGACAAACCUUGCGCCACAACACCUGGGGUGUUGACCAGAGUAUCCAGUUUUAGAAACUGGAUCAAAAAUAUUUCAGGGAUAUAAAACUGUAGACUGUAAAAGUAUGUACAUAUUUAAUAAAACAGUUCUAGUGACAAA